UCAAAGGAAAAUUCAACAAAAAUGAAAAUGAAAAUUUCAACAAAAUUCGAAGAAAAUUAAAAGGAAAAUUCAAAGAAUAAUUCGAAACAAAAAUAAAUUUUUGUGUCCCAACAAAAAAAAUUCCAGAGCACUCAAUUUCUUGUGUUCCAUCUCCCAACUUUUCUUUUUUACUUUUUUAUCAUCGAGUGCGUGCGUGUAAGAAAAAAUAAUACUCAUAUCAAAAAAAAAAAAAAAAAAAAAAAAGUGUGACAAUAUUUUACUGUGAAUUUUUCUUUACCAAAAAAAAAAGAAAAAAAAAAGUGAAAAAAAGUGCUUUCAAGUGACAAUUUUUUUUUUACCAACUGGUGUAUUUUUCAAAAAAAAGUAUUCUCUCUCUCUCUCUCUCUUAACCCGCCCCACCCCGAUAUCGUCUCGUCACCUCUCUUUUCUCUCGCCCCACCCCAAAAAAAUAAAAAGGAAAAAAAAAACUCGAUCCGCAACGAUCAAAGUCAUUGCAUUGAAAGCAUAUGCACAACGAGAGAAAACAAGAUAUUAAAUGGACGGACUAGAAAAUUGUGUCUUUGGAUAAUAAAUUACGACGUGAAAAUAGAAAAUCGAAUAUUGGAAAAUUAAAAAAUAAAAAAGUGUUUCGAGAAUAGUGGGAAAAAUUUCGUAAAUAAGGAAAAAAAAAGAAGAGAGAGAAAAAAAAAAUUGUCGCGAGGAGGAAUUUUCAAUCUACUAUAUAUAUAUAUAUAUAUAUUUAAAGGAAAGAAGAGAGAACACACAUCGAAGGCGACGUAACCGCCUGACUGUGACACAUUUUUUUGAUCAACAACCUUGACAACCAUUUCAUCACUCUCAAAGCCCAAAAUGCACAUUGAAGUGCAAGUGGCUCUAAAUUUUGUGAUAUCAUAUCUCUACAAUAAACUUCCAAGACGUCGGGUGAAUAUAUUCGGUGAGGAAUUGGAGAAGGCAUUGAAGGACAAAUUCAAGGGCCACUGGUAUCCGGAGAAGCCGUUCAAGGGCUCGGCGUUCAGAUGCCUCAAGACUGGCGACCCCAUAGACAGAGUGCUGGAGCGCGCGGCCAAGGAGAGUGGCGUGCCCAUUCAGGACAUACUCGAGAACUUGCCCGCCGAGCUGGCCGUGUGGGUCGAUCCCGGCGAGGUGAGCUAUCGCAUCGGCGAGACGAGUGUCAUUAAAAUCCUCUACUCGGAGUCGGCCGAUUUGCACGAGGACUCGUCGGCGGAUCGCGAGGUCACCAAGACAUUCAAUCCCGAGGCGCAAUGCUUCCGGCCAAUUGAAUCCGUGGGCACGUCGCUCAGUGGGCUGAGUCUGAGUCCAAAGUCGACGUCGCCAUUCGCUAAUUCACUGGCCAACGGUGGUGGAGGAGGGAAUGGAGGGGGGAGCAAUGGGAGUACGAGCAGUAAUGGGAGCAACGGCUCGAAUAGCAAUAAUCAACAGAAUGGUCAUGGUUCUGGUUCGUCGUCGGCUCCGUCGCCCACUCCACUGUCGAGUUCCUUUAAGAAUUCACCGAGUCCGGGGCCGAGUUUUAUACCGAGAUCCACUGCUCCGUUGACCUUCACUACCGCCACUUUUGCACAGACGAAGUUCGGUAGCACUAAACUCAAGACGAGCAGCAAGAGGGCUAACAGAAUGUCGCCCACCGAAUUCUCCAACUACAUAAAGCAACGCGCCAUUCAACAGCAGAUCCACCAUCACCACCAUCAUCCCCAUCAACAGCAGCAGCAACAACAGCAACAACAACCAGGACUCCCAACAUCCCAAACAUCACCAAGCAGCCGCAGUCUCUCCCCAGGCGUACAAGGACACUCGGACCCAAGUGCAUACUUUUUACAACACACACCAACCUACAUAAACCCCACACAAUUCCCACAUCGCAAUCUCUUUGAUUCAUCAGCACACAGUGCGGCCGCCGCAGCAGCCAAUGGCGGCUAUCUUCCAGCAGAUAUUUACACAAGCACCAAAUUCCCCACAUCCUAUCUCGAUCCAACGAUUGGACAUCAAUUCUACGGUACAAUAAACAGUGCAGCAACACAACAGACAAAUUUGGCUGUUGGCUCCGGAAAUAAUGUCACUAGUGGGUCAAAUUUAACACAACAACAACAGCAGCAGCAACAACAACAGCAACAACAACAACAACAACAGGAUAAAACAACAAAUCUAGUCGAUGGUCUUAAUAAUUUUGGCCUUGGUUCGGUAGUCACACCAUAUCCGGCAAAUCAAUAUCAACAUCUUCUUGUGGCCAAUUAAUACUCCGCAAAACUAUCAGUAGCACGAGAUGUAAGCAACUCGUUUUACUCGUUUUCGGUGGUCUAAUAUUACUAUCCUCCCACUACCCACCCCCUACCCCUUUUCCCAAGUAAGAGAAAAGCAACCAAAAAAUUGUUAAUUGAGAGAAAAAAAGUUUAUUGUCUAUGAAGGAGAGAAAGAGAGGGAAUGAGUGUGAGAGUGUGUGUAUGGGAGAGAGAGAAAGAGAGACUAAUUGAGAGAGUGUGCGAGUGAUUGUGUUUUACCUCUUUGUCCAAACAAACUCUACCUAAAAAUCCCUUUGACUACCUCGAUAAAUAGAGACCAUAAAAGAGGUCUUCCCUUGUAUUCCUAAAUGGCCUCGUUUUGCGAAAUAACAUACAAUUGUUCUAAGAUCGAAAAAUAUUGCAUUCGACUCUAUGGGCGCAUUCACUUUUUUGUAUAUUUAAAUCGAUUAUUUGAUUAUUUUAUGAUAGUGAAUAGUUGAAUUUUUAUUGUGGAGAGAGCUUUAGGGUUGAUUCCGCUGGGUUCGUGUUGUGGGGAGACCUUUAUGGUUUUUUCUCUGGGUUACUAGUUAAAUUGGUAUUGUGGAGAGACCUUUAAGGUUAGUUUCGCUGGGUGACUAGAUAAAUUCCCUUUGUGGAGAGACCAUUAAGGAUACUACCGCUGGGUGACUAGCUAAAUUCGUAUUGUAGAAUAACCGUUAAGGUUGUGUUUCGAUGGUUGACUAGCUAGUUUCCUAUUGUGGAGGUACCUUUAUGAUUAAUUCCGCUGGGUGACUAGCAAACAUUGUCAUUGUGGAAAGACCAUUAAGGAUACUUCUCUAGGUGACUAGCUAAAUUCCUUUGUGGAAAGACCAUUAAGGAAACAACCCCUGGGUGACUAGCUAAAUUCGCAUUGUAGAAUAACCGCUAAAGUUGUUUCUCAAUGGUUCACUAGCUAUUUUUCUAUUCUGGGGAUACCUUUAUGGUCAUUUCUGCUGGAUUACUAGCAUAAUUCGCAUUGUAGAACGACCAUUAAGGAUACUCCCGCUGGGUGACUAGCUAAUUUUAUAUUGUUGAGAUACCUUUACGGUUACUUCCGCUGGGUGACUAGAAAAAUUUGUGUUGUGCGGAGAUCCUUAAGGUUUUCUUACUGGGUGACUAGUUAAAUUGGUAUUGUGGAGAGACCUUGAAGGUUAAUUUGCUGGGUGAAUAGCUAAAUUCUCAUUGUAGAAAGACUAUGAAUGUUUUUUUCGAUGGUUGACUAGCUAAUUCUCCUAUUGUGGUAAUAAUCUUUAUGGUUAUUUCUUCUGGGUGACUAACUAAAUUCGCAUUGUCGAAAGACCUUUAAGGUUACUAGCGCUGGGAGACUAGAUAAAUUUGUAUUGUGGAAAGACCUUGAAAGUUGUUCCUGAUGGGUGGCUAGCUAUUUUCACAUUGUGGAAAUACCUUUAAGGCUACAAUCGCUGUGUGAUUACCUAUAUUUCCAUUGUGGAAGUACCUUUAUGGUUAUUUUCUCUAGGUGACAAGCUAAAACGCAUUGUGAAGAAACCUUUAAGGUUAUUAACACUAAGUAACUAGCUAAAUUCUUAUUGUGGAGUGGCCUUUUAUGAUACUUCCGCUGAGUAACGAUUUGAUUUUAUAUUGUGGGGAAACCUUUAAGUUCAAAAUUUUACACUUGUAAAAAAAUAGAAAUUUCGAAUAAAAAGUCGCUUUUCAGAAGUUACUUUUCUUAAGUUCGUCUUGUAAAAAGACCUUUAAGGCCCAAUACGCAAGGCAACAUCCCAAAUGCGACAGUAAAUGCUUCAUUUUUUCCACCUACCCAACCUUGCUAGAAGCAAUUUUCUUAAAUUUCGUCAUUCAAUUUUCGGGAUUUGGCAAAAAUGUCAAAAAACAAUUCUUUCAGCAAUGUUAGGUAGUUGACAAGAAAGUUGAGAAUUUCCUUCAACAAGGUUGGGUAGUUGAUAAAAAAAAUUAAGAAUUUUAUUCAGCAAGGUUAAGAAGUUGACAAAAAGGUUGAGAAUUUCGUUCAGCAAAGUUGGAAAGUUGACAAAAAAGUUAAAAAAAAUUUCAAUCAGCAGGGUUAGGAAGUUACGCUAGGAAAGUUUAGAGUUAUCUUCAGCAGGGUUGGGUAGUAAAGAACAAAAAUUGAGAAUUUCGUUCAGCAGGGAUGGAAAGUUGAAAAAAAAGUUAGAAAAAUUUGAACAGCAGGGUUGGGUAGUUAAGAAGAAAAAUUGAGAUUUUCGUUUAGCAAGGUUGGGAAGUUAACAGAAAGAAUUAAGAAUUUCAAGGUUGGAAAGUUUGACAAAAAAGUUAGAAUAUCUUUAAGCAGGGUUGGGUAGUUAACAAAAAAAGUUAAGAAUUUCGUCCAGCAGGGUUGGAUAGUUAACAAGAAAAUUGAGAGGGUUGAGAAGUUAACAAGAAAGUUGAGAAUAUCCUUCAGCAGGGCUGGGAAUUUAAUUUAAAAAAUUGAGAAUUUCGUUCAGCAGAGAUGGAAAGUUGAAAAUGAUGGUAGAAAAUUUUAAUCAGCAAGGUUGGGAAGUUGGAAAUAUCUUUCAGCAGGGUUGGGUAGUUAAUAAAAAAAGUUGAGAAUUUCGAUCAGCAAGGUCGGGAAGUUGCCAGGAAAGUUGAGAAUAUUCUUCAGCAGGGAUGGGUAGGUAAUAAAAAGUUAGAAAAUUUUGAACAGCAGGACUGGGAAUUUGCUAGGAAAGUUGGGAAUAUAUUCCAGCAGGGUUGGGUAGUUAACAAAAAAAGUUGAGAUUUUCUAUCGGCAGGGUUGGGUAGUUAAAAAAAGGUAAAAAUUUCUAUUAGCAAGGUUGGGAAGUUUGCCAGAAAAGUUGAGAAUAUGCUUCAGCAGGGUUGGGUAGUUGAAAAGAAAAAUUGAAAAUUUGGUUCAGCAGGGGUGGGUAAUUAAAAAAUGUUGAGAAUUUCGUCCAGCAAGGUUGGGAAGGUGACGAAAAUUGAAAUUUUCGUUCGGCAGGGUUGGGCAGCUAACAAAAUGGUUUAAACUUUCGUUCUGCAGGGAUGGGUAGUUAAAAUAUGUCAACCCUGCAUUUUCUGCCUAAGGCUGCGUUCACAAUGGAACUUUUUAGUUUCGACAGUCACAAUAACAUAAUUUUGAACUUAAUCCACAGAAUUCAUUGGAAAAAAACUAAAAAUUUUCAUUGUAGACCAGACACAAGGAAAAAGAAAGAAAACCAAACCAUAAAAUCGAUAUUAAUUAUUGUACAUUUGUAAAUAUUGCCUCCUUUUUUAUUUUUGUGAUAAAAAGAAAAUCUUUUCCUAAUUUUAAUACCAAAUAGUAAAUUAAUUUUAAUUUUUCAAGAGAGAGAGGGGGGAAAUUAAAUUACAAAAAAAAAAAAAGUGAAUGAACCGCUCACAUAGUCGAUGAAAAAUAAUAAGCGAAGCCACGCACGUUAUCGCAUCGUCGAUUCCUUUUUUCUCGAGUCGACGACUCAACGAUCUCAGUUUUGGAAGAGAAUUGAUACCGAGUGUUAUAUAUAUAUAUAUAAAUAAAAAAAAGCAUGUAUAUAUAUACCAAAAAAAAAAAAAAAAAUAAGUAUGUUAAACGAAUGCAAAAAAGACGCGUGGUGCUCCCAUUAAGCGAGUGCCCCCCGCGAAAAAAAAACAAAAAACCAUCUGUCUGUAUUUAAAUAAGAGAGAAAAAUAAAAAAAAAAAAACUCCUUCGACUAUUUGCGGGCAAAAAAAAUACUUCGUGGCGUUUAUUUAAUACAAAUGGUUGGUGAGAAGAUGGUUACGCGAUGAUGCAUGGUACUUAUAAUCGACACUCUAGAUGUAUACGGUAAAAAUUAAAAAAAAAAAAAAAAAAAAAAAAUUGUCGAAACUCUGUCUCCAUGCGCUCUGAUGCGGACCAAGCGCCAAAAAAUAAAAAACGCCAACCUUUGGAAACAGCGACACAGAUAAAAAAAAUUACCAACGUGUAAUAAUAAUUUAUUUUUUCACUGGUAUAGUCGGAAAAUAACGAUAUAUCUGUAGAGAGCCUACGUAUGAUAUAAUGCAAAUGCACUUACUUCGGCGAGUUUUUCCAGAACGGUAGAAACUCAGCUGAAUUAAAAAUUGUGUUUGGAGAAAAAAAAACCCGAAGAUUGACUUGUCGAGUGACGCGCAUCAAAAAAAAAAAGGAAUCUUCUGUCCUAGAUGAAGAAAAAAACUGAAGGUGCAAUAGAUGUCGCGUCCUGACAAUAUAAAAAGUGAAUUUUCCCCCAAUAAGACCAUAAAAAAAAGUGCGUAAAAAAAAGUGUAGUUUAAUUUAAAUAAAAAAAAGAAUGUUUGGAUGAAAAAAAGACAGACAGGGAUUCUCUAAAUAAUAUGCGCAAAAUGACUCCGAAAUUAUAGUCGUUUCGCGUAUUUUAAACGCUUAGUUUUGUACCGUUCAUAAAACUCGUCUUUGGUACGAUUUUACAUUUUAUUUUUAUAAUAAUGCAGUAGACGUAGAGUGGUGUGUUCGUAGUAACGUAAGUGGCGCUGUUGUACCUUUCCUUUCUUGCGCG